CCCCGCAAAUUAGAAAUUGGGGCUAAUUGUUAAAGCCUCCUCUCUGCUUCCCUCCCGGCCCUGCCACCCCCGCCCCGCGUCCCUCCGCACCGGCGCCUCCGUAGCCUGCGACUUUGCAUCGCGCUUUCGCUCUCUCGCUCUUUUUUUUUUUUUUUUUCCUCAUUGCUGUUAUUGCUGUUUGCCGUUUCUGCCUCUAAACGCUACUUUGCGUGGAAGAAGGAGAAGGGGAAAAAGUUGGGAGCGGAUGGCUGUAGUUUUCUUCUCUGGGAUCCUCAUUCAUUCCUCGCUGAACCUCCUGUUGCAUAAAUGAUGCUCCAGGAGCGAGGCUUUUUCUUUUUUUUCUCCUCCGGAUUUGGGUUUAGAGUGGAUGUUACCGGGUUUCGAUCGCCUCUUUGGAAAUACAAUAUCGCUUUUUUGUUGUUGUUGUUUUUGCUGCCCCUCCAUCUUUUUUCCCUCCCUUCUUUUCAACUACCCACCCCCCACCCCCCUGAAAAAUCCGAUUGUAUUUCCUGCAAGGCUCGGGACUGGGUUUCUGAUUGCGGUUAUUUCCAUGUUUCUAGGUUUGUGUGAUUUUGCUAAAAUGCAUCACCAACAGCGAAUGGCUGCCUUAGGGACGGACAAAGAACUGAGUGAUUUACUGGAUUUCAGUGCGAUGUUUUCACCUCCUGUGAGCAGUGGGAAAAAUGGACCAACUUCCUUGGCAAGUGGACAUUUUACUGGCUCAAAUGUAGAAGACAGAACUAGCUCAGGGUCCUGGGGGAAUACAGGACAUCCUAGUCCAUCCAGGAACUAUGGAGAUGGGACUCACUAUGAUCAUAUGUCGAGCAGAGACCUUGGGUCGCAUGACAAUCUCUCUCCUCCCUUUGUCAAUUCCAGAAUACAAAGUAAAACAGAAAGGGGUUCAUACUCAUCAUAUGGAAGAGAUUCGAAUUUACAGGGUUGCCACCAGAAACCUCUGCAUCUUUUUAUAGAGAAAAAUGUUUGGAUGAAAAAACAAAAACAACAUAGGCAAAGUCUCCUUGGAGGUGACAUGGAUAUUGGCAACCCAGGAGCGCUUUCCCCCACUAAGCCUGGCUCCCAGUACUAUCAGUAUUCUAGCAAUAACCCCCGGCGGAGGCCUCUCCACAGCACCUCUAUGGUACAAACAAAGAAAGUUCGAAAAGUUCCUCCAGGUUUGCCAUCUUCAGUAAGUACCGCUCGUCUGCUCGCUGGCUUGUGAUGGGGUGGCUUUGUUCGGUUGUGGGCAGAGAGAAACAAACCCGCUGCCGGGCUCCUGGGGCGCUUGGCGCUGAGGGCUGAGGCCAAGGUAAGGAGAGUUAAAAAAAAAUAAUCUCGUCACUUGUCCCAGCUUGGAAGGGAUUAAUUGCACGAUGGGGAUGAGUGUCGGCUGCUCGUGUGGAUUUUCAGCGAUGGACGCUGAAGAGCUGGCGCGGGUGCGGGCAGCGUGUACCUGUGCAGGGCGAGCAUCCCUGGCACGUGCCGGUUAGCUGUUUUGUCGGGCUGCUGCUGAUUUAUGGAUUUGCAUGUUCAAAGAGCUGUGUGGAGAGGAUUUCUGAGAAAUGUCCAGGGGUCUCAGCCCGGGAUGCGGGGUGAACAUUUUCAUUUUCACACAAGGUCUCUGAGCUAUGGUACCUGCAGCAGGAGCUGGCUGGGGGUGAGCCCAGGUGUCAACCGCCGGGAUCCAGCUGCUGCCAGAGGCAUUGUGGGUUGCUCGAGCAGUAACAACAGAGCUGGUAAUUACCCAGGGCUUUCCAUGAUAUUUUAAAGAAUAUCCCAGAUACCUUUUUGUAAGGAGGGUUAUGGGUGCCAUCCAGCUACACCGGGCACGGUUUUCAGUGUUUGUGGUGAAAUCUUUGCACCAUGCAGUCAGAAGUUGGGGUUUCUCUUUGGUUCGGUGAAGUCCUUUGUUUCAUGACCCAAAUCAUUCUAUUAGUUUGCAUUUUAUCAUCACUGUGGAAAAUCUGUUUGGUUGUUUUGGUUUUUGUUUUUUGGUGUUUUUUUCUCUGAAUAAGCUGUACCAAGGUGCAUUACAUCUUUUGAGAGCAUUUACUUUUAAAUCCAUUAAAAUCUAUAGAAAAUAGCAGUUUUAAAAGAAGUGAUAUGACAUUUCAGUAACUACAGUAUAAAGGGUAGGAUGGCUAAAGAGCACAUUUUAUUCCAGUAUUUUUAUUCUAAUUUUUUUCUCUGCCAUUACUUUAAAAAUACGUAUUUUUGUAUCAAUAUCUGCAAACAGAAAACAAACCACUCAAGAGGGGAGAGCUUCCAUUUCAUACCUGACAACUCUAUUUGUUUUAUCUCUAAAUCUGGUUAUUAGGAGGAGCUGAAUGGCAAUCAGUCUUGCAGAAUAUAUAACAAAUUGGCAUGUUAAUCUCAGAUGGGUUUUAUGUUUUUACCAUAAAUCCAUGUAAAUUUUCUUUUCCAAAAUCAGCAUACUUUUAAAGCUUCAGUGAUUGUCGUGACUGUGCUAAACAGUAGUUUCAUUACUGGUCACUUUAUAAAUAAUAACAUUUUAACCUGAAAAAGAAACAUAUGAACAUACUAAUUUAAUCGCACGGAUUAUUGUAAUCUUUAUAACGUUAAACAAAUACAAACAUAAAUCUUUUCUGAAAGUUGUUGAGAAAUGGAAAUUCUCAAAUGCAAGUUUCCAGUAAAGUAAAAAAUACUAUAUAUUUUUUUUUUUAAUUAAAAGUAAGCUCCCACACGUGUAUUUUAAAUUUAUUUCACUGUGUGGUUUUUGGUUUUGGUUUUUAUUGGACUCCUUUACAGCAAUAGCUAAUAUCCUCCCCAAAGGUUUUUACAAGUACUCUUACGCUUGAAGUUAGAGGUGGAUUUAAUUUAGAUGAAACUUUAGCUUUCAAUAGUUUUGCUGACGACUUCACAUGCUGUAUCCCUCCCAGCUCCCUAUGUGAUGGGGGUCCUAGGGAGGGGAGCAGGGCUGUGGGAGCGCAAAGCCCCUCUGUGCCACAGAGCCCCCGUGCUGCGAUGCACCGCGCCAAAGGAUGCUGCGCCUGUUCCGCAUGCUCCUGGCACCAGCCGCUGCCGCGCUUGCUUGCGGUAGCUCGGGAAUUCUGCUGGCUUGCUGUUGAGUCAUUUGCAGGCAAGAAAAAAGACAAGCCAACCCCAAAGCUGCGGGGUUUUUUUGUGGUUUAAAACAUUGCUCUGUAGACCGGUGAUCAUCUCAGGACACUUACAGAGAUAUUUUUGCAUCUGAGUUCGAAAAGAUCCUUUCAGUAAAAUGGUACCUGCUAUCUGCCCUUGCUGCGUGGGGAAGGGUGCCGACGUUUCUGUUGGAAAUGUCAACCUGCAGGGAUUUAUAACUGCUGCAAAAGUUUUUUUAGGGAUUACUUCUUGCUUCAAAAGAAUGAAAGGCAAUUUAUGUUUGUCGCAGAUUAGUCUCAAAUGUGUGCUUCCUUUAAUUUUUUGUGAAUACAGUUGUUGUACAGAAUGGAAGUACUUCUACAGCUCAAUACUCUCAGCUAUUUUAACGGUAUUUUUAUUUCUAAGCGAAAUUCUCAUGGAGUAGAAUAUGCACUUUAAAUACUUCUGAUUAUUUUAAUGAGCUGUACAAUUUAUUAGAAAAUAAAAUAUAAAAAAAUAUUCCUGAAUAUUUUGAUCACCCAUAGCUCUGUAAAGUAAAUUAAAAUGAAAGUCCAGUAAUGUGAAUAAGAUGGUUCUGGAGGGUGAUACAGCCUUUUUUAAGCAAACAUACAGAUAGGUGUUUGGGUCUUGUUGUCUUCAUCUAUCAUGAAUCAUACAUUGCACUUGAAACGAUGAUGCUUUAGAAAAAGCACCUGUGUGUCUCAAACAGAAAAAAUGUCUUACAAAAGGUCAGAUUAUAUUUAGGUUAUAGAUUGUGUCACGCUGAACUGCCAGGAUUUAUGAUGCUGGAUGAAGUAGAUGCAUUUAUAAAUUGAAUAACUAGCUUAUAAUAUACUUAGUUGAUAGGGUGGAAAUAUUGCUGUAUUUCUCUUAAAAUAUGUAUAUUAACUUGUUCUCAAUGUGAUUUAUGGAGUGGAUAUGGAGAUUAAUGCAGCAGCAUUUGUGAAAGCAGUUAUUGUUGAUUAAUUCAUAAGUAGUCAUAAAAAUUUCAAUGAUAAAUGGUAAUAAAUAUGUUGUAUCAGCUCCCCUUUAUUAUAAGAAAUGGCUACGAGUUUGGAAAACAAAGUAAAUUAAACUAUGGAAACAGUCUGAGUUUAAAAAAUAAUGAAGAUUUGAACUAAAUUUGGUGUUGGGAAGGUAAAACCCCUCAAGUGUGCUCUGGGUGUGGGGGAUGCAUCCCAUGGUCCUGCCCAUUCUUGGACCCCUGUGGCUGGUCUCAGCCACAGCUCAUCACAGCAGUUAUGAACUGGUGACAGAUCUGGAGCUGAGCUGGAACCGAAGUGCUGAGCUCCAAAAGCUCGGUCUGAACGGAGACGUGGGUCGGGAUGUGCCUGUCCCCCCCAGCCCAUUCCCCAUGUGCCGUGGUGCCUGCCCAACCGACUGCGGCGGGGGCUUGCGCGGGUCUUGGAUAGUGCAUGGCGAGAUUGGCUUUGUCCAACGUGUCCGUGGCAUCCUGUGUGGAGCUUCUCCCAUCUCUGGCAUUUCAGGACUUCACUGAUUUCAGGUGUUGUAACCUGAAUGUGCCUGUACAGCCCAGUGUGAUCUGCCAUCUCAGGUGGUGGGGCAGGGGGCUGGGUACCCUGGCUCUGCCCACUCCCCAGGCACACAUGGCCUCACCGUGUCCUGGGCUCCUGUCCGCGAUAUAAUGCAGCCUAACAUACUUCCAUGGACUUACAGACUCUAUGUAGUCUUUUGGGGCAAGGGGUUGUACUGGGACCGUUUUGCACUGGAGUUUUCUGCCUUCGGUCGAAGGCCUGGAGAGCUCUGCUCCCACUGGAGCAGUGCCAGGAAGGCCAGGCUAUAUUGGAUUGAGCCAGCUGAGGAUGCAAUACAGGCACGACAAUAUUAGGAAAAAUGAGAUUUUUCUGUUUGCUUGUUGAGUAGCCACGUGCCUUUACUGAACUCUGUCACGGUAAUGCUUGGUACCCAGGCUGGCGCAGGCGGUGGGCACCGCAGAAAUAGCUCUCCUACCCACAGACGAGGUUUGACCUGGGCAUUUAUGUAGGACCAGACACAAGGGCACGUAAACUUUGUUUGGACCUGCAGUCCGGGGC